GUUGGCGUCUCGCAUUCCUGGCCCCACCUGGCGUCCUCAGCGGGCCCCACCUGCCAGCGAUUACCUCUCGCGCAGCCACCCCGUCUCACAACGCGAGUAGAGAGGGAGGGGGCGAGCACGCCGCCCGCCGCCUGCGUCGUCCAUCGCCGCCUUCGGAGAAGGAGGAGGCCGGACCUAUGGCGGGCCGCGACGGAUUCGAGGACGACGACUUCAACCUCCUGCAGUCGUCGCCACCGCGUCGUCCGUCGCCGCCGCCGGAGAAGGAGGAGGCCGGACCCGGACCCAUGGCUGGCCGCGACGGAUUCGAGGACGACGACGUCAACCGCCUGCAGUCGCCGCCACCGCGUCGUCCAUCGCCGCCUUCGAAGAAGGAGGAGGCCGGACCCAUGGCGGGCCAAGACGGAUUCGAGGACGGCGACGUCAACCGCCCACAUUCGUCGCCACCGCGACGUCCAUGGCCGCUGUCGGAGAAGGAGGAGGCCGGACCCAUGGCGGGCCGCAACGACUUCGAGGACGACGACGUCAACCCCUUCGCCGGAGGAAGCGUUCCCCCUGCCCCCAGUUCUCGGCUCUCACCUCUCUCCCACGAGCCAGCGGGUUUUUAUAAUGUGGACAUUCCUAUGGAUUCAACUAAGGAUGUGAAGAAAAAGGAGAAAGAGCUCAAGGCAAUGGAACCUGAGACAAACAAACGAGAAAAGCUAUUUCAGUUCUUAACUGUCCGACAACGAACCAGCAACGAACCUACAGUAACCCAAAAGAGCAAGCUAGGAUGGAAGUGGAGGUGAGCCAAAUCAAGAUUGCAAGGGAGAUAAAAGGAAGUAUGGGUCACCUGGUUUGAAUGGAUGUGUGGUCACCUCAAGAUCUGAUUCCUUGCCCG